AAUUAAGAUAGGAGUGAUCGGAAAAGCAUAGGAAAUGUUAUGUUGUUAUGUUGUCACUGAUGAUUACAUAGAUCAAGGGCACCCAAGAUAAGCCCUGGCAUGAGCUACUCUAUGAUAUCGCGAAGACUGUAGCUAGGGAAGGUCGCAAACAAAGGUAGUAUUGAUUGAUCUUCACACUUUCAUUGAAUGCUGUCACACGUAUGUGUAUAACUCUAUUCAUACCGGUCUCAACGUUUUUCAAAAAAAAAACCAGGAAUUAUGAAGGAGUCUCCAGACGACGAAAUUUGCCGUCGCUACCUGCUGCAGAAGAACCAUUUACAGCUGGCUUGUAUACUGACCACCAAAUCAGAAAAGAGGAGGGCUUCACGGAUCACGCAAACCACCCGUUGUCGCCGCCAGCUGCUGUCCUACCACCUACUGCGCACUCGCCGACUGGUACUACCUCAAACCUUGAAAAUGAGCAUCAUCUGGAAGGAAUUCAUCCAGCACGUGCAGCAAUGCUAGGUUUGCUUGAUAACCCGUCACCUAUAGAAGAAGAAGAAGAGCAGUGCGCUACCAAGAAGCGUCCUAUCGAGGAAACAUCCGAUAAUGAUGCAGUGAGGGAUGAAUCAUUGGAUGCAAACAAAAGGAGAAAAACAACAGUGGAUGAUCAUGAUCAUGAUGGCGAAGAUGAAACUGUCAAAACCUCGCUGAAGCAACUAUUGGACUUUAAUGAUUGGCAUACGGCUGUCGGAAACUUCAAAGAUUGGGUAGAUGGGAUGCUUUGGGGAUAACGGCGUCCUUUACUCUCCACCACGACAUGUACUCCAAGAAACGGGGUUGUAUUACGCUUUGUGAAAACUUUUUCAACAUGUAACAGUACUUUAGGAAAAAGAAAACCCUUGUAUUCUAUUGGUGUUGUUAUUAGUACAUAGU